AAAUAAAGGCGUCCUGCGGAGAUUUGUUUUUAGCUUAGCUGGAGCACACGAGUGUAAUCGUAACUGAGGUAUAACGAUAAGUUUUUACUUUUUUUUCCCCCUCCGAAAAUAUUUUUCCCAAUACAUCCUGCAAAGUACCACAUAUCUUCCUGGCUAUAUUUCUGUCCCACACCAGUAACCCGACGCAGAGUUGCCGCCAUGCCAUUGCACCGUGACCGGGAGAAAAAGGAGAGUACAGCUGAGGAGAUGGAGGCGGAGGAACAUGAGCAGGAGGCAUCAAGCUCAGAGGAGGAGGACUCUGACACUUCCUCUGUCUCUGAGGAUGGAGACAGCUCAGAAAUGGAUGAGGAGGACUGUGAGCGGAGAAGGAUGGAGUGUCUGGAUGAAAUGUGCAACUUGGAGAAGCAAUUCACUGAUCUCAAAGACCAGUUGUAUCGUGAGCGUCUCAGUCAGGUUAACAGCAAGCUGGCAGAGGUGGAGGCUGGCCGGGCGGCAGAAUAUCUGGAGCCUCUGGCAGUACUGCUGGAGAACAUGCAGGUCCGCACCAAGGUGGCAGGUAUCUACAGAGAGUUGUGUUUGGAGUCUGUGAAGAACAAGUACGAAUGUGAGAUCCAGGCAGCAUGCCAACACUGGGAGAGUGAGAAGUUGCUGCUGUUUGAUACAGUGCAGAAUGAGCUGGAGGAGAAAAUCCGAAGACUAGAGGAGGACAGGCACAGCAUCGAUAUUACGUCAGAGCUGUGGAACGAUGAGCUGUCAGGAAGGAAGAAGAGGCGAGAUGCUUUAAGUCCAGAUAAGAAGAGGAGACGCCCAUCGGUGGUGUCUGGUCCAUAUAUUGUCUACAUGCUACCAGAUCUGGACAUCCUAGAGGACUGGACCGCGAUCAGGAAGGCCGUGGCUACGCUCGGGCCUCACAGAGGGAUAUCUGACUCUGAGAGCUCUGCGUUCCCAUUCAGACCCGACAGAAGCAGGCCCAUUCUAAACUGCUGAGACACCCACACAAGCAGCCGCAUAGGAAAAAACACCUCAAGGACCUCCAACACAUGGAAACCUCUACAUGACACAUGGUGGCAUUCAGGUCUGCAGUCAUAAAAACGCACACAGCAGGACAUUUCUGUCUUCCCAGAAUCCUCUGCACUUCUCAGCUGACAGUGACUCAACCUGUCUGUGAGAUGAUUGGUCAAGCUGCCUCUCCUGCCGAACAUCAUGACUUUAAUAGAUAAACAGGAACGGAAGCAUUAUUGAUAGCCACUUGUAUGUUUGGGUAUUGCUGCUUUAUUUCACACUCAGGCUCUGUAGACAGUUUCAGCCGACACAGGUUUUUGUAGUUUGUUAAGGAAACCACAACAAUUAAAACGUCUCAUGUUAAACGUUAUGAAAACGGCUCAGCGCGUAAAAGCCAUUGAUGCUACAGCUUAAGCAUCACUGAACCUGUUCUUUCAAAAUGCUUUUCAGUCAGUGUUUACAUUUUGAAUACAUCCAUUCACUUCAGAUGCACAGAUGGCUUUCAUUAAAAAUGUAAAUGCUUCUCAAAGGUUGUAUUCGGUGAGGUUGGUGUCCUCGCUCCACAUUGUGGUUGGCUUGAGUGAGCUAAUUGGUGUGCUUAUGCUGGUAAAAUGGGCGGGAGUAUUCAAAUUUCAGGCUUCCAGUGACUAAGUCGGGGGAGAAUUCAUCAAUGAUGCCAUAAAAUAUAUGGGUUUGUUUGUUUGUUUGUUUGUUUGUUUGUUUGUUUGUUUGUUUUUUUGGCCUUUAAUACAGUUUACUUUGUUUUGAAGACCAUCCAUGAGAUAUUUUACAAAACCAAUAAAAGAGGUUAUUCGGGAAAGAGUAAUGCACAGAAUUCCUGUCAGUGAGCUGACUUACAAAGACUAUUUGUUAUUAGUGUAAGAGUAAAAACAGGCAUUUUUCUUUUCAGUCUGCCUUGUUCAUAGAGUACACAGUGAUUAUGGACAGUCAAGGCAUAUUUCUCUGGCUUGUAGGUGCAGUGAUGGAAUGCUAAAACAGCAGUCUCUGUAAUGUGCUGAAAAAAUUAUCCACCAGUACCAGAUCUUACUUUGAAGAAGUGAGCCAGAUCUGUGCUGAGACUGACCAGAAAGUUUCAUUAAAUUCUGUUCUGUUAUUUUAUCAUAAUCCAAUUGAUAUAAAGAACAGAAGGUGGACUUCUGCUAUUUUAAGUGAGGGCCAAAUGUAAUGUAUAAACAGCACAUGAAAAGUUAAAGUGCUAAUGUUGUCAUUCUACAGGUGUUGCAUCCUCUUCUCUCACAUCUACCUCCUCCCUCUCUAUCUCUCUCCCUCUCUCUCUCUCUCUCUCUCCCUCUCUCUCUCUCUCUCUCACAUGCUCUUCAAAGUACAGUUCACAUUUUUCCUCAUGAACGUGUAAAUGCUGCCAUCUUUAUGAACACCGUUAGGUAAUUUAGUGGUUGGCAUGGUUGUUCAAAUUUAUUAGCAUUGUUUCAUUAUUAUAAAGCCUGCAGUAAUGUUAAUUGUACGGGAGGGAAUUAAACCACCAAAAUCGUUUAAUCAGUCAUCUCACUGUUGAUGAUGAAACAAAACUGCCAUUUGAUAGCAUCGUUUUUUAUGUUUAGGUUCUGGGGAUGUAAUAUUCAAAAGGUUUGACAAUAUGUUUUCACUUGUCCUUUUGUUUAUCAUGUUGAUGAUUUUACAAUUAAAAGUUGUUUUAUAAACUUGUC